CUUGUGACACAUAGGUGAAAACAGGAUUCUCCAUCGAGAUGAAGAGACGUGCUUUCUGUCUGAUCAUAAACGCUGAUGACUUUGGUUAUAGCAGCGAGAGGGAUCAAGGGAUUAUUGAGUGCUUCCAAAAGUCGGCAAUAUCCAGCGCUUCUCUCAUGGUGACUGGAGUUAAUGUAGUACAAGCUGUGGAACGGGCAAAGAAAGAAAAUCUACCACUUGGUCUUCAUCUAAACCUAACAGAGGGUGUACCCGUUGGAGGGGCCAAGUACCACAACCUGGUCACCCCAGAGGGUGUAUUCAGGGGAAAGUUUGGGCUAAGGAAGGAGCUGAAGAAAGACACGGUUGACAUUGCAGAGGGUGUAUUCAGGGAAAAGUUUGGGCUAAGGAAGGAGCUGAAGGGAGACACGGUUGACAUUGCAGAGGGUGUAUUCAGGGAAAAGUUUGGGCUAAGGAAGGAGCUGAAGGGAGACACGGUUGACAUUGCAGAGGGUGUAUUCAGGGAGAAGUUUGGGCUAAGACAGAAGCUGAAGGGAGACACUGUUGACAUUGCAGAGGUGAGUGAACCACACAGCAGAACGUGUACCUAUUGGAAGGGCCAAGUACAUCACCCUGGUCACCCCAGAGAGUGUAUUCAGGGGAAAGUUUGGGCUAAGGAAGGAGCUGAAGGCAGACACGCAGAGGGUGUACCUAUUGGAAGGGCCAAGUACCACACCCUGGUCACCCCAGAGGGUGUAUUCAGGGAAAAGUUUGGGCUAAGGAAGGAGCUGAAGGGAGACACGGUUGACAUUGCAGAGAGUGUAUUCAGGGGAAAGUUUGGGCUAAGGAAGGAGCUGAAGGCAGACACGGUUGACAUUGCAGAGGUCAGGGAAGAAAUACAUUCUCAGAUCAAGAGGUUUCAGGAAUUAGUGGGUUGCCUCCCCUUCCAUGUAGAUGGCCAUCAGCACAUUCAUAUACACCCAGGAAUAUGUGAAGUAUUUGCUGAGAUUCUGCAGAGCAAGGGAAUCACAGUAACAAGGCUCCCUGUGGAAAGAUGUCUCAACAACUGUGAUUGGAUAGAUUCGGGCAGACUGACCUUUUACCAAGAGGUCAUACAACAAUCCAAGGAGUGUCAAGACAUCUUUAUAAAACACAAACUGAGUUUUGCCCCAGCCUUUGUGGGACUGAGUACUUGUGGAAAGGAUAUGUCCAUAGAGAGGUUGAGAACAGCCCUUGAUGCAGCUUUCAUGAACAACAUUGCAGAUGAGCCAAUGAGGGUCUGUGAGCUGAUGGUGCAUCCUGGGUAUCCGACUGGCAGCGUUGGGGGAUGUGAGCUGAUGGUGCAUCCUGGGUAUCUGACUGGCAGCGUUGGGGGAUUUCAGCUGAUGGUGCAUCCUGGGUAUCCGACUGGCAACAUUGGCGGAUGUGAGCUGAUGGUGCAUCCUGGGUAUCCGACUGGCAACAUUGGCGGAUGUGGAACGGGACCAGAUGAAUUUUCUAAAUCAGCUGACAGAAAGCAUGAAAUGGACAUUUUGCAAAGUGCAGAUUUUAAGCAAUACCUGAAUGAAAAGGCAAUAACUGUAAGCAGUUUUGAAGACACUUUUGGCAUUUUACCUUCCUAG